AUGUCGGAUUUGGGAAAGUUGUCAUACUUUCUAGGCAUGGAACUUCAAAUGUCAAAGCAAGGUAUGAUGCUACAUCAAAGAAAGUAUGUCAAGGAGAUACUCAAGAGAUUCAUGAUGGAUGAUUCAACUCCUGCAUCUUCGCCUAUUAAACCAAAUAUGAAGUUGGAGAAGCAUGGAGAGGAAGACAAAGUCGAUGCAACUUUGUUCAAACAAAUUGUCGGAUCUCUGAGAUAUGUGUGCAACAGUCGACCUGAUAUAUGUUUCUCAGUUGAAUUAGUGAACAGAUGUAUGAGUGAACCAAAGGUGUCACACAUGAAGAUGUUGAUUGAUGUGGAGAUAAGGAAGAUCGAAGAAGCACUAUUGGAUAUUUCUUUCAAGUAUUUGAUGCCCCAAUCUCAUGGUGCUGAAUAUAUAGCAGGAUCCUAUGUUAUGUGUCAAAAAAUUUGGUUCAAGUAUAUGCUAGAAGAGAUCGAGGUCGAAGUGAAAAAACCUCUGGUACUGCAGAUCGACAACAAGUCAGCCAUAAAUCUUGCGAAGAAUCCAUUUUUUGCAUGGAAGAAGUAA